AUGUUGGAGAUGGUUAAGGUUGAUGUUGUUAGAUUUGUGGAGGAUUUUCACGACAAGGCUAGGCUAACGAAAGGCUGCACUUCGUCCUUCAAUGCCCUUAUUCCUAAAGUCAAUAAUCCUCAAUCCUUGUCCGAAUAUAAACCGAUUUGUCUAGUGGGAAGUUUGUAUAAAAUUCUUGCUAAACUCUUGGCGGGAAGGUUGAGAAGUCGUAUAAGGAAGUUGGUGUCGAACAAUCAAACGAUCUUUGUUCUAGGAAGAAACAUUGUGGAUGGAGUUCUCGUAGUUAAUGAGAUGUUGGAACUAGCUAAAAGAGAAAAACGGAGUUGUGUAGUUUUGAAAUUAGAUUUUGAAAAAGAUUACGAUCGUGUUAGUUGA